UUAUUUGUGCUACUCUUGGCAUGCUGCUGCCACAAUAUGGGCAAAGGUGGUAUUUUCCGCUAUGCAGAUGGCGUUGACAAAUUGCUGUUGCUCUUUGGUACUUUGGGUUGCAUUGGAGAUGGUCUACAAACCCCUAUGACAAUGCUUGUUCUUGGAAGUUUAAUAGAUGAUUAUGCUGGUGGAUCUCAAAACUCUGUGACCAACGAUACUAUUGACAAGUAUGCACUCAAGCUGCUGUGUGUUGCCGCUGGGGUUGCUUUAUCUUCUUUCAUUGAAGGAGUAUGUUGGACAAGAACUGCAGAAAGACAAAGUUCCCGCAUGAGAAUUGAAUAUCUUAAAUCAGUACUCAGACAAGAAGUUGGUUUCUUCGACAAGCAAACUGACUCUUCUACAACUUUCCAAGUAAUUGACACCAUAACUUCCGAUGCUCAAACUAUCCAAGACACCAUGGCUGAUAAGAUACCAAAUUGUCUGGGUCAACUCUCAGCACUUAUCUCUAGCUUUAUAGUGGCACUGUUCCUUUCAUGGAGACUUGCAAUAGCUGCUUUUCCAUUUUCAAUUAUGAUGAUCAUGCCAGCACUCAUAUUUGGGAAGGCUAUGAAAGAUCUGGGAAUUAAAAUGAAGGAUGCUUAUGGGGUUGCUGGUAGUGUAGCAGAACAAGCAAUCUCAUCGAUUCGAACUGUUUAUCCAUAUGUAGGUGAGAAACAAACACUAAACAGGUUCAGCUCUGCUCUUGAGAAAAGCAUGGAGCUUGGCAUAAAGCAAGGUCAAACAAAGGGUGUGGUUAUUGGAAGUAUUGGGUUGCUAUAUGCUACAUGGGCAUUCCAAUCUUGGGCUGGGAGUGUUCUGGUCAGGACCAAAGGAGAAAGUGGUGGCCAGGUUUUUGUUGCUCAGAUAUGUAUCAUCUGGGGAGGAAUAUCUCUGAUGAGUGCACUCCCGAACCUUGCUUUUAUAAUAGAGGCAUCAGUGGCUGUUACCCGGAUUUUCGAGAUGAUUGACCGAAAGCCAAGUAUAAACGCUAAUGGAGAAAAAGGAAGGCUCUUAAAACAUGCAAGAGGAGAGAUAACAUUUCAAGAAGUUGAUUUCAGUUACCCUUCAAGGCCUGAUACACUGAUUCUCCAAGGACUCAAUCUAAAAGUGCAGGCUGGUAAAACAGUAGGCCUAGUUGGAGGGAGUGGUUCUGGCAAAUCAACUAUCAUCUCUUUGCUUCAACGAUUUUAUGAUUCUAUAUGUGGUGAGGUACUGCUUGAUGGAUAUGACAUAAAGAGGCUAAACCUUAAGUGGUUAAGGUCCCUGAUGGGACUUGUAAAUCAAGAGCCAAUUCUCUUUGCAACAUCCAUUAGGGAGAACAUUCUGUUUGGCAAGGAAGGAGCAUCAAUGGAAGCUGUCACAAGCGCCGCAAAAGCGGCAAAUGCACAUGAUUUCAUUGUCAAACUUCCUGAUGGAUAUGAAACUCAAGUAGGACAACUAGGAGCUCAGUUGUCUGGAGGUCAAAAGCAAAGGAUUGCCAUUGCAAGGGCUUUAAUAAGGGAUCCUAAAAUCCUACUACUUGAUGAAGCCACUAGUGCUUUGGAUUCACAGUCUGAAAGAGUAGUGCAAGACGCUCUUGACUUAGCUUCUAGAGGCAGAACGACAAUCAUUAUCGCUCAUCGCCUAUCCACAAUUCGCAAGGCUGAUUCAAUAGUAGUUCUUCAGUCAGGAAGAGUGGUUGAAUCUGGUUCCCAUGAUGAAUUGCUUCAACUCAACAAUGGACAAGGUGGGGCUUACAGCAAAAUGCUACAACUGCAACAAGCAACUCAAAAUGAAAAUGCAGUUCAUCAAAUAAAUGCAAUGGAAAAUUUAACUAGUGCAGUAAAUUCAAGCAGGCCAAGUACCCCUUCACAUCAUCAAUUUAGCCCUGCACUACCAUUUAGCCCCAUAUAUUCAAUCAGUUUUAUAGAUUCCAGCUAUGAUGACUACAGCAUCGACGAAAACUCAGCAAAAUCUUCUUCCCAUUCAAACUUCUCCCAAUGGCGUUUAAUAAGAAUGAAUGCUCCUGAAUGGAAGCAUGCUUUGCUUGGAUGUUUAGGUGCCAUUGGCUCUGGAAUAUGCCAACCAAUUUAUUCCUAUUUCUUGGGACUAGUUGCAUCUGUCUACUUUAUAAAAGAUAACUCUCGCAUCAAAUCACAAAUCACUUUGUACUCAUCCAUCUUCUGCUGCAUAGCCAUUGUAAACUUCAUCUCAGGCCUCAUUCAGCAUUACAAUUUUUCCAUAAUGGGAGAGCAUUUGCUGAAAAGGGUGCGCGAAGUUUUGCUAGAAAAGGUGCUGACCUUUGAGGUUGGAUGGUUUGAUCAAAAGGAGAACACAAGUGCAGCAAUAUGUGCUCGUCUGGCAACUGAAUCAAACUUGGUUCGAUCCCUUGUCGCGGAACGAAUAUCAUUGUUAGUUCAGGUUUUCGUCACAGCUUCGCUGGCUUUCGUGCUCGGUUUAAUCGUUUCAUGGAGGGUGGCCAUUGUCAUGAUUGCAAUGCAGCCUUUCAUCAUCAUGUCUUUGUAUUCCAAAAGCAUUCUCAUGAAGAGCAUGUCAGGAAAAGCAAGAAAAGCUCAAAGAGAGGCUAGUCAAUUAGCCAUGGAAGCUACCAUCAACCACAGAACUAUCACUGCAUUCUCUUCUGAGAAAAGGAUGCUAAUUUUGUUCAAAACCGCCAUGGAAGGCCCCAGGAAGCAAAGCAUCAAGCAAUCAUGGAUAUCAGGUUCCAUAUUAUCAUUCACACAAUUUAUAACAACAGCUUCUGUAACUCUGACUUUUUGGUAUGGAGGAAGGUUACUGAAUCAAGGGUUGGUGGAAUCAAGAAAUCUUUUGCAAGUUUUCCUCAUUUUGAUGGGAACAGGUAAACAAAUUGCAGACACUGGAAGCAUGAGUUCUGACAUAGCUAAAGGUGGAAGAGCCAUCAAUGCAGUAUUUGCAAUGCUGGAUAGGAAAAGUCAGAUUGAACCUGAAGAUUCUAGGCAUAGACUGGUGAAAAAGAACCUGAAGGGCCAUAUAAAACUGAAAGAGGUGUUUUUUUCAUACCCUGCAAGGUCAGAACAAAUGAUUCUCAAGGGGCUCAGUCUGGAGAUUGAAGCAGGCAAAACAGUAGCAUUAGUUGGACAGAGUGGUUCAGGAAAAUCCACCAUCAUUGGCUUGAUUGAAAGAUUUUAUGACCCCAUGAGGGGUUCCAUAUCCAUAGACAAUCAUGACAUUAGAGAAUUUAACUUGAGAAGUUUGAGGUCACAUAUUGCCCUGGUGAGUCAGGAGCCAACCCUCUUUGCAGGAACAAUACGAGACAAUAUUGUCUAUGGGAAGGAGGAUGCUUCAGAGGAUGAAAUCAAAAGAGCAGCAUGCCAUGCAAAUGCUCACGAGUUUAUAAGUUCAAUGAGAGAUGGGUAUGAUACAUACUGUGGAGAAAGAGGGGUGCAGCUCUCUGGAGGGCAGAAGCAGAGGAUAGCAAUUGCUCGAGCAAUGCUCAAGAAUCCAUCAAUCCUUCUGUUAGAUGAGGCAACGAGUGCUCUAGACAGCGAGUCAGAGAAUCUGGUGCAGGAGGCGCUAGAAAAGAUGAUGGUUGGAAGAACAUGUGUGGUCAUAGCUCACCGUUUGUCAACAAUACAGAGUGCUGACUCCAUAGCUGUCAUUAAGAAUGGGAAGGUGGUGGAACGAGGAUCACACUCAGAGUUAUUGAAUAUUGGAUCAAAUGGGACUUAUUACUCCUUAAUUAGGCUACAACAUGGCCACUCAACUUGAUGUGGGAUGUUUUGACCAACCAAAAAGCAUGAUUUCAUUCAUCUUAAGCGAAGUAUCGGGUUCAAAUCUCGUGGAUGUAAAAAUUCCUGCAGUGAGAGUUAGUUCUACUAUAACUUGAAUGUUCCAGCUCAAGCCGAGGAUUAUCUAUACCUCGAAAAAAAAAUACAUGUCAUGUGGUGUAUGUAUCAUGUAUGCACAUGAAUUAUGGGGAUUACUCUUUUUGACAAAUCAGAAAUGAAAGCUUCACUCUCCUAAA